CCAUAACGAGAGCGGUGUCAUCAGCAAGCUGGCACAGGGAUACAAUAGUCAAAAAGAUAUUGCAUGUGAUGUGGCCUAGAUUUGGGCAGUUCUGGAACCUUUGAGUUGGUCACUUUUAGAUUUAUGCUUUUGUGGAGGCCAGUAGUUUUUAGAAGUGUAAUAAUUCAAAAUAUAGUGCGGUCUCCCCUCGGAAAUAAGCAACCUGUUAGACUGCUGAGAACAGCAGUAAUCAAGAUGAGCACACCAGUGGUACCUCCACAAGAUGACAAACCAUCUCUGAAUACCCAAGCGACAGAAGGCACUCCGGUAAAAACAGCAAAACAGUUAAAGAACGAAGCAAAGAAACAGGCCAAACUAGAAAAGCUUGCAAAGAAGCAAGAGGCUCAACAAGCUCAGCAAGCUGAGGAAAAAAACAAGCCAAAGAAAGAGAAGAAAGGGAAAGAAGCAGCCAUAAAUGUAACUACAUAUGACAUUAAAACUGCGAAAGGAGAUAAGAAAGAUACAAAGUGCGAGCUCCCAGACAGUUAUAGCCCCCUCUAUGUGGAGUCAGCUUGGUACUCAUGGUGGGAAAAAGAGGGAUUCUUCAAGCCAGAGUACCAGGCUGGAGAAGAUUUAAAACCAAAUCCAAAAGGACAAUUUGUCAUUUGCAUUCCUCCACCAAAUGUCACUGGAAACCUUCACCUUGGACAUGCUUUGAUGUUGGCAAUUGAAGAUGCAAUAACUAGAUGGCAUCGAAUGCAUGGGAAAACAACUUUAUGGAACCCAGGUUGUGAUCAUGCUGGAAUUGCAACGCAGGUUGUUGUAGAGCGAAAGCUGAAACGUGAGCAAGGUAUAUCUCGUCAUGAUAUUGGAAGAGAAAAAUUUGUCGAAGAGGUUUGGAAAUGGAAAAACGAGAAAGGUGGAAGAAUUUACGAUCAGUUCAGGCGUAUGGGAGUUUCAGUAGACUGGGAUCGAGCUUGCUUCACCAUGGAUGAGAAAUUAUCAAGAGCUGUGAAAGAGACCUUUGUCCGCUUGCAUGAACAAGGGCUUAUUUAUCGUGCUAACCGACUUGUCAACUGGUCGUGUGCAUUGAACUCGGCCAUCUCCGAUAUCGAAGUCGACAAAACCGAAAUUACAGGCAAGACGCCUCUCAGUGUGCCUGGCUAUGACAAGAAAGUCGAAUUUGGUGUUUUGGUUCACUUUGCCUACCCGAUCGAAGGAACAGAUGAGAAGAUAAUUGUUGCAACAACACGGUUGGAAACGAUGCUUGGAGAUUCUGGAAUAGCUGUUCAUCCAAACGAUGAAAGAUACAAGCAUCUGAAUGGAAAGUUUGCGCUGCAUCCAUUUUGCAAUAGAAAGCUGAAGAUUGUUUUUGACGACGCCGUGGAUCCGGAAUUCGGCACUGGGGCUGUCAAGAUCACUCCAGCACACGACCAUAACGAUUUUGAUAUUGGAAAACGGCACGAUUUACCAUUCAUCCAAAUGAUGGAUGAGAAUGGCCUCAUUAAAGACGUCCAAGAUUUCAAGCCAGAAUAUCAGAGUUUUGUUAAUACCAAGCGCUUCCAUGCUCGGAAGACAGUCCAGAAGGCUUUGGACGAUCUUGGGCUUUACUUGAAAACCGAAGACAAUGCUAUGGUCAUACCAGUUUGCAGCCGGUCGAAAGACAUUGUUGAGCCUCUACUUAAACCUCAGUGGUACGUCGACUGCAGGGAGAUGGCUGCCAAUGCGGUGAAUGCUGUUCGAUCUGGAGAUUUGAAGAUUAUUCCAAACACACACGAAAAAACAUGGUUUGCAUGGAUGGAAAACUGCAGGGAUUGGUGUAUUUCAAGGCAGUUAUGGUGGGGUCAUCGCAUACCUGCUUAUUUUGUGUCUAUCGACGAUGAAAAAUGGAAGCAGGGAGAUGAUGCUGAUGACAAGUUCUGGGUUAGUGGCCGCAGUGAACAAGAGGCGCGCGAAAAGGCAGCAAAGAAGUUUGGUGUUGCCGAGGAAAAUAUUAAAUUAAAGCAAGAUGAGGAUGUACUAGACACCUGGUUUUCAUCAGCCAUCUUUCCGUUUUCUAUUUUCGGCUGGCCAGACCAGACAAAAGAUCUGAAGGCAUUUUAUCCAACAUCCCUGCUUGAAACUGGCCAUGAUAUUUUGUUCUUUUGGGUUGCAAGAAUGGUUAUGUUUGGCCAGAAGUUGUGCGGGGAGUUGCCUUUCAAAGAGAUCUAUUUACAUGCUAUGGUUCGUGACGCACAUGGGCGCAAGAUGAGUAAAUCUCUUGGAAAUAUUAUUGACCCAGUAGACGUGAUUACUGGCAUCAACUUAGAGAAUCUUCAUAAGCAGCUGCUCCAAUACAAUUUGGACCCAAAAGAAAUGGAAAAAGCAAAGAAAGGCCAGAAAGAAGAUUAUCCACAAGGUAUUCCAGAAUGUGGUACAGACGCACUGAGAUUUGCACUGUGUGCAUAUACCGGGCAAGGCAGAGAUGUUAAUUUAGACGUUUUAAGAGUUCAAGGGUACCGGCGAUUUUGCAACAAAAUAUGGAACGCAACAAAAUUUGCCUUGAAGAACCUUGGAGAGGAUUUCAAACCGCAAGGCCAGGAGACUCUCGGAAACGAAUCUUUGAUGGAUCAAUGGAUUCUUAGCAGACUCAGCUACGCUGUCGAUGCGUCGAAUGUCGGUUUUGAAACGUACGAUUUCGUUAAAACUACAACAGCAAUUUACAAUUUCUGGUUGUAUGAGCUUUGUGAUGUUUACCUGGAAGCUUUGAAGCCUGUUUUCAACGGCAGUGAUGCCUGUGCUACAAACGCAGCGAAAAAUGUCUUAUAUAUCUGUCUCAGCAAUGGUUUGCGGCUACUAAGUCCCUUUAUGCCAUUUAUCACAGAAGAAUUGUUUCAAAGGCUUCCAUUGGAAACUGGCACAUCCGCAUCAAGUAUCUGUACCACAGACUACCCACACAAGCAUCCAUGGCACAAUGAUGAUGUUGAAAAGAAAGUUGAAGUGAUGUUGGAGAUUGUGAAAACAAUGCGCUCUAUUAAGGAAGAGUACUUGACAACCAGAGCAAAAGCAGAUGUUUACCUGAGGCCUCAUUCAGAGGAUGUUACAAACAUAAUAAUUACAUUGAUGGAGACUGUAAAAACUCUGACAAAUUCAGCUGAUGUGCACAUCUUGAACAUGGGUGAUCCUAUACCAAAGGGAUGUGCUGUUGCUUUAGUUGGUGAAAAGUGUGAAGUUCACUUGCAUAUAAAGGGGCUGGUUGAUAUUGGAAAAGAAAUCUCUAAAUUAGAUAAUAAGUUAGAAAAGACAGAAGCCCAAUUGUCAAAAUUGAUGGAGGCCAUGAAGAUAGACGACUAUGAAAAGAAGGUCCCAGAUUCUGUAAGACAGCAGAACUGCGAAAAGGCAACACAGUUAACUACAGAGGUUGAGAAAAUCAAACAUGCAAUAGAGAAUCUAAAAGAGGCAGAUGCCUAAAUUUUAGUAUUGAAAUUAUUUUUGUUUCUAAUAAGAUAUGAAUGAAGA